UAAUGGAUGAGGUUCUGUUAGAGAGUUUAACACAUAAAUUUAGUGAAUUAUUUAAGAACAUUUCAAGUUUAUAAGAAAAGAGAGAAACAGUUUAAGAUGAAAAUGAACAUUUAAAACAAUUAAUUUAAGAAGAAUAGGAUUAAUUGGAAAUGAAUUCAGGAGAGUCUUCUGAUGAUGAAAUUACUAUCCAAGAAAUAGAACAAAGGUGGAAAUAGAAAUUAGAAGAAAAAAAGGAAUCUGAUAUGUAAAUGAAAGAAGAAAAUAAUUUGAAAAGUCAAUUAGUAAAUGAAAUGAAAUUUAAAUUUAGUACAUGUAUCUUGAAGGUAUACAAAAUGAAAUCAUACAAAUGAGAAAUAGUAUUGAAUAAUCAAAAGAAUCAGAAGCUGAUUUAUAAUAAAGAAUUGAAGAAACAACAUAAAAAAUAGAUGAAUAUCAAAAUAAAAUAUAAAGAGCUGAAUAAAUUAAACUUUAAGUAGAAAAACAAUUAUAAGAAGUAUUAUACCAUUUUUAAUAUUAAGCAAAAUGAAAAGUAUUUAUAAGAUAGUGAAAAAGUUAAAGCUGUUUAAGCUGAAGUUAGAAAUUAAUUAUAAGCCAAUGCAAUGGGAGAUAAAAGAUAAAAUGAAUUAGAAAAGAUAAUAUAGAAAUAAUGGGAAGAACUUUAAAAAAGAGUAAAUAAUAUAUAUUUAAUAUUAGUCAUAAAGAAUAUAAGUAUUAUAAAAUAAUAUGAAUAUCAUUUCAACCAAAAUACAAAAAUCAUAAAAGAGUGAAAAUAUAUAUUAAAAAUUGAAAGAUGAAAACACAAUUCUAGCUUAAGAAAAUAUUUAAAUUAGAGAAAAAUUAAAUUAAUUAAUUAGUGCAUUACCAUAACAUAUGAAAAAGGGUAAUGUGAAAGGCAAAUAAAAGAGUAAAAAAGAAUUCUUAGAAUUAUAUGAUGAAUCAAUUUGUUCCAAUUAAAUUAAAUUAAGACAUUUAGAAUAAAUAAGAGAAGAACAUCAAUCAAAUAUUAAUAGUUUACAUGUAAAAUAUAUAAAUUUAAUCUAAAUAUUAGAGUGAAAUACUUCAAUUAGAAGAAAAAUACAAUUAAAUGACACAAAAUGUCAAGAAUCUCUAAGAGUAAUAUUUAGAAAUUGAAUCAUCUUGUAGAGAGUUUAAUGAAGAAGAAUAUGUCAAGAAAAAUUGUCCAAAUUAUUAUAAAGUUAAAAAGGGAAAAUGA